UUGCGUUGUUGACCUUUCCUGCCCACGCAGUGAUGGCCAUGAGACGCCGCAAAGGAAGUGUGCCAUUGUUCUGCGCGAUUGCUGCAGCAGCUUGUUUCAGCUUGCCGCAGACGGACUUCACCCUGCUGCCAGAGGCAUCCGCCCUCAGUGGCAGAGCGAAUCGCGGUGGAGGAGGCCAUUUCAUCGGACGCAGCUGGGCAAAACCGGUGAGUUGCAGAAGGCGGCCCAGCACGCCGCCGACCCAUGUCAGGGCAUGGCCAUCCGGCCCAAUGCCAAUUCCCGCUCUCAUAGUGGGUGUCAAGAAUGUGGCAGCGAGCAACGCAUGGAGUUUCUUUUGGUCUGCUGCAGGCCUUGCAUUCACGUAUGCCUCCUCAGACUUUCGCAUGAAGCGUCUGGCCGUAAAGAAGUUCAUGGCACCCUAUGAGCCAGCCAAGUCUCCGGACGAGGUCGUCCCACGAAAGGUCGUAGAUGACAUCCGACAUAGGCUGAGCAGCUGGCGGCAGCAGUCCGACGCGACCAUGGUGAGUGGCCGCUACAAAUCCGGCAAGACUGUGGCCGUGGAAGAGGCCUUGCGCGGUGUUUGCGGUGUGUGGGCCUUCACGGUCGAGGUGGAAGACUGGAAGCCUGCCAUGUACCAAAUGCUUGGAGUGAAGGACGCGAACAUGUUUGCCGAGGUGCUUCGUCGUGUCCGCGCCAAGUUGCAAAAGAAGAAGUUUGCAAAGAACCUGACCCAAUAUCCCAUCCUGCUUCUGGACAUUCCUCGCGACACCAAAGGAGGUAAGGAGGAGGGGAUGAAGUUGGUUUCCACCACAGCGAAGGACAUGUCGAGUGAUUCACGCUACGCCGCAACGGCGCAUGUGCUGGUGGCCGCCUCAUCUGCUGCCUCGGCUCUGGCGUUUGAUGCUGGCGGUCGCAGAUUCGACAUUUGGGUGGGCGACAUGACCGAGAAGGAGGCGAGUGAGUUGCUCAAGAUGCACGAGCACGAGUCGGCCGCGACAGCAAUCAUUGACAAUUGUGGCCGCCGCGCUGGUGAUUUGGUGGAUGCAUGCAGUAUGCUGAAGAGAGGAAUCAAUCUGAGCGACAUCAAGGUCGAUUUCCACAAUAUGGCAGAAAAAGACGUGGUGAACUUCAUGAGUCUUACACUUGAUGGAAAGCAGGUGGGUCAGCAGAUUUUAAUCGCACUGCUUCAGAGCGGAGGCGCAGGCAUUAAGGCAGUCAUCAAUACUACCGCCUAUGAGCCACGCAAAAUUGCAAAGCUCAUUUGUAAUGAGAACGCGCAUGCCAUCAUAUGGCAUCCUACAGAGAAGCUUUACAGGUUUGCUUCAAGCUUGCACGCGACAAUCGCCAAACAGAAGAUGCCCUG